UAGAGGGGCGAAAAGCGAAUGCGCCGUGUGGCAAGUAGUGGUGGACCCUGAAUGAAAGCUAUGCUCCUCUGGCCCAGAAACGGAACGCGUAAGGGAAGCACCCGCAACGCUCACCGUACAACCAACUUCUCGUCGGUGGUGGUGGUGAUGGUGAUGGUAGUCGUUGUGUGGCUGCCGUUGUGUUGUGUCGCCCAGUCCGUCCGUGCCAGUGGCCAGCGAGUUGUGCGGUUUUCCUUUCGAGCCGCGGAGUGGAACAAGAAGCGUGAAGAAACCCCCUGCCCUGUAAAAUUCAGUUUCCGCUGUGUCAGCGCGCUAUUGACAGCAGACGGCGUCCAUUCAUCCGCCCUCUCCCUGUGUCGUGUUGUGUCGUGCGUGAGCGAGUGUGUGUGUGAGCGUGAGAAAGUGUGCGCGAUUGCCCAAUAGAAGCAAGCUGUGUUCGGUGUGUGCGUACGUGUGCGUUUGUUUUGAGCUGAGCGUAGUAGCGCUGCGUCGUGUUUGACCUUUUGCGCCAAACCAAAAUCACCAGCACCAGUCUUCCCGAUCGAAGCGGCGGGGGUGGAAAGAGAAGCCGUCCCGCCAGUCUGUUCCCAAUUCACGUUGCGGAAUCGGUUGUAGUGGGCCCAGAUCGUACGCUCGUUGGAACACUGGAACAUCCUUCUCUCCCGGUGCCCCGCUGUUGGUGCUGGAUGCAAAAAUUUAAGUAAAGCUUCAAAUACAUCGCUUUAUCCGCAUCGUUUGCGCGUGGCUGUGUGUGGGUGCCGAUAAUCCAUCGGGCCCGAGGAUCUUGUCGGACGUUGUUGGUGGGGUUGCUGCAGCUACGCUCGCCGAUGAUCAAAUGAUUGUACGAGUUGAAUCUUGUGCUUGACCUCGACGACGACAACGGCGGCGAUCCGAAGUGGACGACAUUCACCGGGCUGCACAGGCGCAAGUGGAUCGGGCUGGAACCAGUUUAGCGGUUUGGAUGAUAAGAGCCCCGAAUUAGAAGGUGCGCCGGUCAAACAUCUGCCAUCAGGUUAGCGAAAGGUCCACCGAAACCACCACCAAUGGGCCCCACGAUGACGCUGUCAUUAUAAUUCCUCGUUGUCCGGUACUGUGCUCCGGCUCCGCGACGGGCACCGGAAGGCGAGCAUAGCGAGCAGAACGGGGUGGGCGUGUGGGUGCGGUGCGACAAUCAGCUUUUUCGUUUCAUUUUCCUGUGUGUGUUUGUGUGUCGGUAAUAGUUGGACAGCUGCCUCAAAAGCGAACACACACACGGACGACGCCCCGCCGCGUAUCACCAGCUCCUUUACCUGGCUCGGCCGUACCGCCAUGUCGGAAGGAUUUGGCAACGGCCAACAGGAAGGAGCAGCAGCAGCAGCAGCAGCAGCAGCGGCAGCGGCAGCAGCUGCCGCAGCAGGACAGCUAGUGGUGGACGACAACCUUCUCGGACACGGCGGUGGUGCUGGUGGUGCUGGUGGUGCUGGUGACGGCAACGAAUACCAGUGGGCGUACGGCACGAUCAUGGACUCGUCCCGCGUCUCGACCUGUCUCAUCUCGAUGCUGCUGAUCGUGUACGGCAGCUUCCGGAGCCUGAACAUGGAGCAGGAACAGCGGGAGAAGGAAAAGAAACGACAGAGCGAAAGCAUGAACAACCUACUGACCGGUGAACCGGUCCAGCAGGAACAGAACAAAUUCGCCACAUUGGACACGAUGCACGCGCUGUGCUUACCUCUCGGCGCAUCGAUCUCGCUGCUAGUGAUGUUUUUCUUCUUCGACUCAAUGCAGAUGCUGUUUGCGGUCUGCACAGCAAUAAUCGCCACCGUUGCCCUAGCCUUUCUGCUGCUCCCGAUGUGCCAGUACAUUAUCCGGCCGUGCACGGACGGCAAUCGGAUAUCGUUCGGCGUGUGUGGACGCUUCACGGCGGCGGAACUGUUUAGCUUUUCGCUCGCCGUAUCGAUCGUGUGCAUUUGGGUGCUGACCGGGCACUGGCUGCUGAUGGACGCCAUGGGCAUGGGGCUGUGCGUCGCGUUCAUCGCGUUUGUGCGACUGCCGAGCCUGAAGGUGUCGACGCUGCUGCUGACCGGGCUGCUCAUCUACGACGUGUUUUGGGUGUUCUUUUCCUCGUACAUCUUCAGCACGAACGUGAUGGUGAAGGUGGCGACCCGGCCGGCCGACAAUCCGGUCGGCAUUGUGGCGCGCAAGCUGAACCUGGGGGGCAUCGUGAAGGAACCGCCUAAGCUGAACCUGCCCGGCAAGCUGGUGUUUCCGAGCAUCCACAACAGCGGCCACUUUUCGAUGCUCGGUCUGGGCGAUAUCGUGAUGCCGGGGCUGCUGCUGUGCUUUGUGCUGCGCUACGACGCUUACAAAAAGUCCCAGUCUACCCAGACGGCAGAGGCCGGCGUUCCACCACCGAAAGGAGUUGGCUCGAAGCUUACUUAUUUUCAUUGUUCCUUAUUAGGUUACUUCCUUGGAUUGUUAACCGCGACUGUCAGUUCUGAAGUAUUCAAAGCAGCACAGCCUGCGCUGCUGUAUCUCGUACCGUUUACACUGCUACCUCUGCUUACGAUGGCAUAUCUGAAGGGUGAUCUGCGACGCAUGUGGAGUGAACCGUUCAUCAUCCAACAAGCUUCGAAGCAGCUAGAGGUAUAAACCACACUGAUCACAUGCUCUCCACGGAAGCGAAUACAAUACAGCAACACACAACUCUGUACGCAAAAUAGUAUUAAGUGCAACUAACUACACAAACACACGUACACGGGGCGAACGAUCGAUCGUAGUAGUGUACUAGGAAAAGGAUUACUACUAUAACUACUACUGCAAUUAUAUGCAACCGUACAUAGCGUAUCGCAUGCUGGUACCGCCCAACUGACGGUACCGGGCCGGAGGGGGGAAAGUCAAUAAGUGGGCAGUGUGGAUGUGCCGAGAUUGAACAAAACUCUUGAACAAAGAUCCCUUUUUCUAGUACACACCCCCCUUUCCUGGAAAGCACUCGAGACCAGCACGGAAAAUACCUUCCGGGCACGGUAGCAGCAGUGUAGGUUUAGAUUGUGGUUAGGUUUAACGUGACGGGAAGGGAUCGAAUGCAAGCAACAGGGGCGGGCGGCGACAUGGCACGAAUGAAUCAUUUAAGGUAGUUUAACAAUAUUUGAAUGUGAUUAGGCGUUAGGGAAUUAGUAGAGCCGUUUGUGUGUUUGUAUGUGUGUGUGUGUUUUCAGAACCGUGUGCCGGUGGCAGAAAACGCAGAAAACGUUCGCUAAUCAAAAAGAGCAGAGACGACAGAGUGUCGUCGGUACAGGUGUACGCUCGGGCGCGCGGACGUACGAGUUAGGUUAUUAUAGGAUUACAUCUCAUUUUGCAUCGUCUCUGUACACAACCCACUUUCCUAUGCAUAUUACACCAACGAACGAUUCAUACACGCCUGGUGAGUCACGUUGCAGCGUGCAGUGCAAGCUUCCGUUGACUUGCCUGCCGCCUACUACCUGCUAUACCGGAUAAAGGUGUGUUCUUUUGUUUUUGCGCGCGACAUACUUUUGUGUUUUUUUUUUCUAAUCGCGCAGCUUUUGUCUCUCGCUAUCUCUCGCUUUCUCUCUAUCACUCUUUCCGUCUCUCUUUUCUCUGCCCGGAGGAACAUGAUAUGGCCGUGGAUAUUUUAAAUUUAAAGCAGAACGCAUUUUUCUUCGUACCUUAGCAUUGUUAGCGAAUCGGAUGGAUAACUUUAUUGACCGUUACAGCACAGUACUGUUUGGCUUAAUGCAACUACAAUAUUAAUUAUGUUUAAACUUUUUUCUCAUCUCUGAAUUUUUGAGUAGGUGCGAAUUGGUAUAGAUGCAUCGCAUUGUACCCGGGUUAGCAAAGGAUAUACAAUUGCUCUCAUACAAAAAAAAAAA